UCCACGCCAGUUAUCAACAGGCAACUUUUCCAUCAAACCAACACAAUAAAUACUGGGACGUACUUGUACUAACAUUUAGAGCCGACAAUGAAAGCGCAAAUAUUAUACCUUAACAUUAUAGUUGCGUGUGUUCAAACACAGAUUUUGGGUUGCGUGGGUUUAGAAUGCUUCAACUGUAGUGGAGUACAAGACAUAGGUGACUGCAAUGUUACCACUUCAUGUGGAGCUAAUCAGGCAUGCUUUCAUCAUAAGAGAGUCGACACCUCCAGAAACGUCAUAGACCUCGGUUGCCAGUCUUUGUCGAUGUGUGUUGGUGCUGGUGGUGGAACUGGGCUUAUCGGACGAUCUAUUGAAAAGCAACGCAAGGCGCGUCUAUCCGACUGUUCAGAAUGUUGCUCGACAAACAGAUGCAAUGAUAAUUUAUGCCAACACAGGGCCCCUCAUGAAUGCGUGGACGACGAAACAGUAGACUGUGCAAAAAUGAGUUCGAUUUUCAACAUUUGUACUGGAAACUAUGAACAAGCAGCUUUAGUCUGCCCAAGAACAUGCAACCUGUGCAACUAUGCUAACGGAAACUGGGCAGAUUGGUCAAGCUGGUCAACUUGUACAAUCACAUGUGGCAGCGCUACUCAGAUGCGGACAAGAACCUGCACCAACCCUGCACCCACAACCUACGGAAGAAAUUGUGAAGGGCAAUCCUCGGAUUACAGGUCAUGUGUGAAAGACGAAUGCCCAGUUGAUGGCAAUUGGGGAACUUGGAGCACAUGGGGAUCAUGUUCAGCAACAUGUGGUGUUGGAAUACAGCGCCGAAACAGGUAUUGCGACAACCCACCGCCUGCAAGAUUUGGUGACCACUGCUUUGGGGACUCCGUUGAUGAUCGCAUAUGUAUGCCGCGCGGAUGUUCAGAUGGUGGCUGGACAACGUGGACGAAUUGGAACUCCUGUACAGUCCGAUGCGGUGGUGGCAACCGCCUUAGAUACAGAGAGUGUACAAAUCCGACCCCAUCCCCUUUCGGACAACCUUGUCAUGGACCGAAUGUAGACGUUGGCUCGUGUAACACGUACCCUUGUGAUUUAGUACGCCUUACCGAUGGACGCGUGGAAAUAUACAUAAAUGGUAAAUGGGGGACAGUUUGCGACGAUUCGUUUAGUACGAACGAAGCCCGGGUUGUCUGCAGGAUGCUUGGCUAUUUGAGUUCAAACCCAGUGGUCUUUGAACAUACACCAGCUGGGCCGUCCUCAAUGCCAAUCUUAUUGGAUAACGUUAGAUGUGAUGGUACAGAAUUGUCGUUGCUAGACUGCUCUCAUAACUAUAUAGGCGACCAUGACUGUCAUCACAAUGAAGAUGUGGGUGUGUCUUGUUAGGUGCGCACAAUGCAUAAAUGUAGAUAAAAAUUUGCACUUUGUACAUGUCACAGCAAAUUUGGUUGUUUGUCGAAUAAAUAUAAAGGAACAUGA